CCAGAAAGCCUGGGAGGGUGGUGAGCAGGAACCAGGGUGCAAAGCAGGGGCGAGACUGCUUCCUAGCUGGUCAGGGCACAGGAGCAGUGGCUGUAGGGGUCAGGGUGCUGCAGGUCUGGAACCAUGGCCUGGACGUCUGCCCUGCUCAUACUGCUGGCCCAUCUCACAGGUUGUGGCCCUCAGCCCGUGCUGCAUCAGCCACCAUCGGCCUCUUCCUUCCUUGGAACCUCCAUCCGCCUCACCUGUGCCCUGAGCAGCAACCAUAACAUUGGCAUUUACAGCAUUUACUGGUACCAGCAGAGGCCAGGCCACCCUCCUACGUUCCUGCUGAGAUUCUUCUCACACUCAGACAAGCACCAGGGUCCCAAGAUCCCCCUUCGCUUCUCCGGAUCCAAAGAUAUAGCCAGGAACCUGGGGUACCUGAGCAUCUCUGACCUGCAGCCAGAGGACGAGGCUGUGUAUUACUGCGCCGUGGGGCUUCGGAGCUGGGAAAAGGAGAAGAGGAUGGAGAGGGAGUGGGAAGAAGAAAAGUAGCAGACAGAUUCGGGAUCUUAGGCUCUGGAGACAUUCAGACCCAGAACCACGGAGUUUGCUUUGCUCCGCUAGGCUGGUUUGGGGAGGAGGGGUAGAACGCCCGGCUUCGCAGAGCCAGGAAGGUGGAGCCAGCCAGCUUUUCCUUGUAUUGCAGUGUUGCUAUGCGCCCCAUCGGAGGCUGGAUUGUAGAAUUAAAGCUGUUUUUUUUUUUUU